AUGUCGGGGGUCGUUCAACCUUUAAAACCUGUAUAUACAGGGAAGUUCACCGAUAAAGACCCCCUGCUGGAUACAGCGGGGAAAUUAGUACCUACUACUGGAAGUGCUGGGGAAUGUCUGACAGAAAUCCAGCCGAGGUUUGACCAAUCUCCAUCUACUGGCAGACGUUGGUCAGUGCAGGUAGCAGCUGAAGUCCCAGAGACCUGUACUGACCAACUUCCGGCAAUAGAUGGAGCCCAGGACUUCAGUGUGAGUUCAGAAUGGGUGUCAGGAGCAACUAAAGAACAGACUCAGGGGACUAAGACUGUUACCCCACCUGUGGUAAAGAAGUUUUUGAGUAGUAGCAGUCUCAAACCUGGUAAAGCCACAAUUUUCCAUGGCAAAGCAGCUGAUCCUGAUAUUGCAUCACAAUUGCAACAUGGGCUUCCUAGCAAAGUUUCUACAUCCGCUGCGUCAUUGUUAAAUCCACCAAUGAAGACACGGGUUCAGCAAAUAUUCUUAGACAAAAUUACUGCAACAUAUCCAAGCAAUCAGCGAGCUCCAUUGGGGAAGUCUCAUGAUCAAGCGCCAGGAUUACCCAAAGGGAUGGAUAUAUAUAAUACCACGUUUGGCAAAAGAGGAGUCAAAGAUAUCUCUGCUGGAGAGCUUUUAAACCCACCAAAGACUCAACACCAAGUUUAUGAAGAAUCAAAGAAAGGACAUCCACUAUAUAUUGUAACACACAAUGAUUACAAUGUUGGGGAGCAGAGGGACAGAAAAUAUGACUGGUCAAGACACAGUAGAUAUAGUACAUUUGGACUAGAGACUCCUUAUUUUAAUGAUGGAAGAUUAACAGCAAAAUCAUUACGCUGGUUAACUGAAGAGCAACAGCGAAAUUCUGCAAAGAUUGUAUCAAAAAAAGUUGAAGACUUCAGGGAAAAAACAAACCAUCAAAUUGGAAAAGUUCAUGAUCCAAACGCAGAUACCCGGAAGAUUCCCCCUGAUCACACAUUUGGUGUUUUACUGCAUCCUGAUAAAUAUGGUGUUGGGGACCUUAUUUACUAUAGGAACCCUACCAAAUUCCUCCGGGGGAAAGACAGGGAUCAAGGGACUUUCACUAUUCUUCGCCAGCAUUUGAAGAAAAUUAACUUCCAUAAUUUCAAAUCACUUCUUGAAGCUUUUCGACAUUAUGACAAGAAUGGUGAUGGAAAAAUUGACAGAGAAGAGCUACGAGAUGUCUGUAUACAGUUCAACUUGAAACUAGACCCCAAAUUGAUCGACCAAUUAAUUGAAUACUGUGAUAUUGAAGGAGAUGGCACAAUUAACUUCUUGGAGUUUGCAAAUUUUCUGAAUUGGAAAGACAAAAUGCCUUUGGGAAAAAUGGAACAAAUGAUUAUUGCAAAAGGUACAAAAUGUUUUACUUCUCCAACAGACGAUGGCAGUGGGCUAGUAGCACCUGAAGAUAUUGUACCAUUAGAUAUAGGAAGCUCAGCUAAGACUCUCAGAACGAUAAUUAAAAAAGAAGAUAGGUCUAAUGGUCACUAUUGGAAAACCUCUUCAUUGAUCAAUGGAGUUGUAGGGAGUUAUUCACCAGCUGAUUAUCGAACCUGUGGUAUACCUACUAUACGUACUGACUUGCCAGCCCCUCGUUUUCGUCGUAUCAGCGAUACGAUUAACUAUGGUGAUGAAGCAACGGCUUCUGCCUUGCUAAACCCUUCAAUUUUUGCUCAGAGAAAUGUUUAUGAGAAAGACAUGUUUAUAGGCAGGUCCAAAGAAGAGAUUAAGAAAAUAUUUUGUAAGGUUGGAGUGGACAUGUCCAAGGAAACGUUUGAAGAGGUCUGGAAGCAAGCUGCCAUGAUGCAUCCGAAGGGAGAAGUUAGUGUGGAGACUUUCCGGGAUGUUCUGGAUGAAAUUCAGACAGCACAGACUCUGACUUGUUGA